AUGUGUCAAUCUCACGCCCUCGACGUCAACACCAACUCCAAUUUCCACCACGUGGUCACCAAGCAUACUAAGUUGCAGUUGGCAGUCGAAUUUGAUCGAAAGAUCUUAACAGGAAGCGCAAUCACUACCCUAGAGCCUCUCAAAGCUGAAGGUCUGGACACUGUCAUUCUCGACACCAGUUACCUCAGCAUCCUCAGGGUAAGUGUGGACGGGGAACAAGUCCAAUGGCAGCUGGGUCAAAGCACAGAUCAGAACGGUCGUCCACUUAUUGUGCAGCUGGGUCGCAGCUACACUCAGGGUGAGACCUUUGAGCUCGAGAUUCACUUUGAGACUACCAACCAAUGCACCGGUCUCCAAUGGUUCAGUCCCGAGCAGACUGAUGACAAGUUGUACCCCUUCUUGUUUUCUCAAGGAGAGCCCGUCCACGCACGCUCCAUUUUCCCUUGUCAGGACACUCCUUCUGUCAAAACAACGUUUGACAUAACCAUCUCCUCCCCAUUGCCAGUUGUUGCGAGUGGUAUCCCUCAACAUGAUCUUCUCUUUCCUCCUGUUUCCAACAUGGCGGAGACGAAGGAGUACAAGUUUCAGCAAGAUGUUCCCACCUCUAACUACCUGUUUGCCAUCGCUAGCGGCAACCUAUCUGGAGCAAAGAUUGGCAAGAUGAGCUAUCUGUACUCCGCGCCAUCGAGCUUAGAAGCAGCUGUGGCUGAGCUUCAACCCGACAUUGACGCAAUUAUUGAUGCUGCCGAGAACCUCAUUUUCACGAACCCCUGGCCGUUAUACAACCUCGUCAUCCUCCCCAAAUCCUUCCACCUUGGCGGAAUGGAAAACCCCGUCUUCAACUUCUACAGCGCCACCGUCAUUUCUGGUGACCGGGAGAACAUCUCUGUCGUCGCGCACGAGUUUGCGCACAACUUUAGCGGCAACCUAGUGACAAACUCGUCCUGGGAGCAUUUCUGGCUCAACGAAGGUUGGACUGUUUACACCGAGCGUGAGAUCCUGCGUCAAAUCAAGGGCGAAAAAGCAGCCGUAUUUGAGGCCAUCGUCGGCUGGAACGAGCUCGUCUAUGGCAUCGAGUCGUAUGGAGGCAGUGAGAGCCCAGAGACGAGCUUGGUCUUGGACCUUCAGGGCAAGCGGCCAGAUGAUGUCAUGUCCAAGAUCUCGUAUGAGAAGGGGUAUACGUUUCUGUGCUUCUUGGAGAAGUUGGUUGGACGCGAGAAGUGGAUGCCCUUUAUCCCGCACUAUUUCAGAAAAUUCUCACGAGCAACUCUGGACUCGGAUACCUUCAAGACUACACUCUUGGAAUUUUUCUCCCAGGACGCUGCCGCGACAGAAGCCCUUAACUCCAUCAACUGGGACGAAUGGUAUCACAAGCCUGGCUUGCCCCUGAAGCCCGACUUCCACUCUCUAGAGUAUGAUGAAUGUCUCCGUCUUGCGCAGGAGUGGGUCGACAUGACUCCUGACUCAGCUACCUCGGUCUCUGCUAUCGAUGUCAACGGCUGGGGCGCAGGCCAGCUGAACGUGUUUCUGGAUGCCCUUCUGGAUUCGCCGACACCCAUCACUUUGGACUCUUCCCAGCUUCUUGGCACCCUGUAUGGCCUAAGAAAGUCGACAAACUUCGAAGUACUGUCACGGUAUCUCCGAGUCGGCUUGAAGGCCGGUGACCGAGGCCUGUUCGAGGAUACUGAGGUCUUUCUGGGUGAGACCGGGCGCAUGAAGUUUGUCAGACCGCUGUAA